CCUUCGUGCCUUCGUACUUUGUGGUCGGCCGGGUUACCCCUCUCUCUCUCUCUCGCUGUCCCUGGCUGAGUCGGCUCUGCUGAAGUAGUUUCACUUGAGCUCAUUGUCCAUUCUCUUUUGGAACCUCAGAGGAUCCGUUGGCCGAUAUCGUUGCCCAACUCUCUCUCCGUCUUCUCGUUGCCUUGCUGUUCUUCUGUUGAGUUCGUUGAAGCAUCCCAAAUCAAGAUGGCCGACAAGAAAGGUGGAGCUAAGUUGAGCUUCUUCGAGAGCUUCAUGCUGUCUGGUGUGGCUGCAGGCGUGUCCAAGACCGCUGCCGCCCCCAUUGAGCGUGUCAAGCUGUUGGUCCAGAACCAGGGUGAGAUGUUGAAGCAAGGCGUGUUGGACAAGCCCUACAACGGUAUCAUGGACUGCACCCGUCGCACCUUGGCCAAUGAAGGCUUGUACGCUUUCUGGCGAGGCAACUUGGCCAAUGUGUUGAGAUACUUCCCCACACAGGCCUUGAACUUCGCCUUCAAGGACACCAUCAAGAGCAUGUUCGCCACUAAGAAGGACGCCUCCUAUGUCGAGAAGUUCGGCAAGAACAUCUUGUCCGGAGGAUUUGCCGGUUCCAUGUCUUUGACCUUCGUCUACUCGCUGGAUUAUGCCCGUACUCGUUUGGCUAACGACGCCAAGAGCGGCAAGAAGGGUGGCGAGCGCAAGUUCAACGGACUCGUCGACGUCUACAGGAAGACUUUGGCCUCUGACGGUGUCGCCGGAUUGUACCGCGGUUUCGUCAUCUCCUGCGUGGGUAUCUUCAUCUACCGUGGCAUGUACUUCGGUCUUUACGAUUCCUUGAAGCCCAUCCUUUUGGGUGACAACGCCAGCGUGUUCCUCUCCUUCAUCUUGGGCUGGGGUGUGACCGUGACCGCCGGUCUCAUGUCCUAUCCCAUUGACACCAUCCGUCGUCGCAUGAUGAUGACCUCCGGUGCCGCCGUGAAGUACAAGAACUCCUUGGACUGCGGUAUGCAGAUCCUCAAGAACGAAGGCUUCAUGGCCAUGAUGAAGGGAGCCGGAGCCAAUGUCCUCCGUGGCGUGGCUGGCGCCGGUGUCUUGGCCGGAUUCGACGCCUUCAAGGGACUGUACAUCCAAUGGCGUGUGGGUAACUAAGCAAAGAGCAUCAACAUCAACCUUCAUACCCAGAGGCGCCAACACGCACGGCCUCAUAAAUCUGAAACAAACAGUGAGAUCUCGGGGUGAAGCGAGCGCAGAAACUGACAAACGUGUCUCUCGAGCUCUUAUUGACUUAUGACUCUUUCUUAGUGUAGUAGUUAUUAUACCAAGGAAUAAAAAGCUAAACUUCUAAGA